AUGGAAAGGUCAGACAUUGUUUCUCUUCUUAUGGUUCUAUUUCAGGUGGGAAUAGCCAUAGUAGUUGGAAGUCAAGAUGGAUCAGAAGCGUGGAGAUAUGUUCAAGUCAGACCAAAGGCUCACAUGUUCUGGUGGUACUCAUGGUUCGCCAUAUCAGCCGAUACUAAUACAUAUCAGCCGAGUCGUAACCGGAACGGAGGGGACCGAUACGAUACCAAUCCACGAAUCGCGGAUAUUACCAUAUCCAUGACGACUUGCUCUGACUCGGUCAAUAUUGGUCUAUUCGAAUCCGGUGCUUCAGGAGUUGGAUUUGGUUGCAUAAUGUUGGUGAAUAAUCACAUCAGCAUCCAUGCUGUUUUUCAAACUGAAAUGGGAUUUUCCUACAGGUUUUUUCUUGAUUAUCCAGUUGAAACAUGUUACAAUUUUGUGAAAAACGUUAAAAACACCACAUUAUUUGUGAAGACUGAUGUGGAGGCUGCAAAGGAUGGAACUAAAUUCUUGAUUGAAUUUUUCAAUAGGAAUGAGACCCUCCAAAAGAGUCCUCUAUAUAUUGUGGCUGAGUCUUAUGGAGGCAAAUUUGCCAUUACUCUGGCUUUAUCUGCUUUAAAAUUAAGCUAUUGA